AUGGUUCCCUCUAUUUCAUCUCUUCUUGCCCUGCCGGCGCUUGCCUUCUUUUCUCUGUCAGCGAGCGCUUUUCCUCAUCCUCGGACAGCGUCAAGCCCGGCUACUCUCAAGCUCGCUGUUAGAAUAAACUCGUAUGGGAUCAAGAACAUCGCGGCUGCAGAUAGAGCUCGAAUCCAAGCUCGACAAGCUGGCGGCAGCUCUUCCAUCAGCGCAAUCAAUAAUGUGAUGACAUACACCGCUGACAUCGGCGUGGGGAGUCCACCAACGUACUACACAGUCCUGGUAGACACGGGAAGCUCAAAUACCUGGAUCGGGACUAACAAAGCUUACGAGAAGACUGCUACAAGCCACGACACAGGCGCUACAUUCAGUGUUGGAUAUGGCGAUGGUAGUUCCGUUUCUGGAGAGGAAUACACAGACACCGUAACGCUCAACUCUGACCUGGUCAUUGAUAACCAAUCUAUUGGCGUCGCAUCUCAAUCCUCAGGGAUGGGUAGCCUGGAGGGACUUAUUGGCCUUGGACCAGUUGAUUUAACGCAGGGCACCGUCAGUAAUACAUACGAAGUUGCAACUGUGACGGACAACCUCUAUAAGCAGAGAACGAUUAGUUCGGAGGUACUCGGAGUGUUCUUUGCACCUGCUUCCUCCGAUGAUACCAGUGGCGAGCUCACAUUCGGCGGUUAUGACGCCUCUAAAAUCACUGGAGACGUCAGCUACGUGCCGAUUACAACGACAUCUCCAGCGAGUGAAUAUUGGGGCAUUGAUCAAUCCAUCAGAUAUGGGUCUAUGCCCAUUUUAGAUGAGACAGCUGGUAUCGUCGAUACCGGAACCACCCUAAUUUACAUUGCCUCUGAUGCGUUCCAUAAAUAUCAGUCUGCUACGGGGGCGACCCUCAAUGAGAACGUUGGCUUGUUACAGAUCUCAUCCGCCCAGUACGAGAAGCUCUCAUCCUUGUAUUUCACUAUCGGUGGGGUUACUUAUGAGCUCACCCCGAAUGGGCAAAUCUGGCCUCGAUCGUUGAAUACCGCCGUUGGCGGUGAUGCCAACAGCAUAUACCUGGUUAUCGCUGACACUGGGAGCCUCAGCGGCUCUGGCUUGGAUUUCACGAACGGAUACUGUUUCCUCGAGCGUUUUUACUCGGUGUUCGACACGACACACUCUCGAGUCGGGUUCGCUACCACUGGGUACACCGAUGCCACGUCAAAUUAA